AUGUCGGAUCGUGUGGAAAUAGGCGAGAGUGUACGUGGGGAGGAUGUCUACAUUGUGCAGAGUGGCUGUGGUGAAAUCAAUGACAAUCUGAUGGAGCUCCUCAUCAUGAUAAAUGCCUGUAAGAUUGCCUCAGCCAGCAGAGUCACAGCUGUCAUACCCUGCUUCCCUUACGCUCGGCAGGACAAAAAGGACAAGGUAAGGGGUGCGAGUCGAGCUCCAAUCUCUGCCAAGCUGGUUGCAAACAUGCUGUCUGUGGCAGGUGCAGAUCACAUAAUCACCAUGGACCUGCAUGCAUCUCAGAUUCAGGGCUUUUUUGAUAUCCCUGUUGAUAACUUAUAUGCUGAGCCUGCUGUACUGAAAUGGAUCAAAGAGAAUAUUGCAGAGUGGAAGAACUGCACCAUUGUCUCACCAGAUGCUGGUGGAGCCAAGAG